UUGCAUAUUAUUCAAUAACAUUAAGUAAAAUAAUAAUAAAAUUGUGGAAAAUUCCUAGGGGGCUCAGAUUCCAUAGCCCUACUCAUAAGACAAAAAAAAACAAGUCAUUGGCAUAGAACUAAAAUUGUUCUUUGAUGAUGGGUAUUAACUUGAACAUUCAAAUCAUAGUUAUAAUGUGAAUAAACUGUCAGCCAAGUAUCAACUUGUUUUAUUUGUUAAACGUGAAUAGAUGAAAUGUUGACACAUAAAAGCCACACUAUGUCUAUGAAUGAGCACUGAAUAUUGGCUGGAGGCAGUAGCUGGGUUUUGCAGGAGCUGUCAAGGGUAAACGCAGGUCUAUGGAGAAGACGGGCGUGUACUGGCAGGAGACAACACUUCUUAAACCUAAGACUUCACUUCCUCAAAUGCUUUAUUAAAGAGUCACUACAGCUACGCAUGGAGCAUAUCAGUGUCUUUUAGACAUUAUAUUAGUCCUGUUCAGGAUGACAUCAAGACUAAGUGAGAGAAAUGGACAAGUUGGUAAAGAGAAGAAGUGCAAACAAAGAGCCCAAGAUGAGAGACAUGCAGUCCAAGAGAGAACUUUUACCAAGUGGAUAAACAUGCAUUUGAAGAGUUGUGAGCCACCAUUACAAGUCCACCACUUAUUUACUGAUAUUCAAGAUGGAAAGGUUCUCAUGGCCCUUCUCGAAGAACUGUCAGGCUGUAAUUUGCUUGAUAAAUUCAGGCCAUUUCCACAUCGGAUCUUCAGACUAAACAAUAUUUCUAAAGUCUUGAACUUCCUUAAGGACAGAAAUAUAAGUCUUGUAAAUAUUGAGGCUGAUGAUAUUGCCGAUGGCAGCCCUUCAGCUGUUCUCAGGCUAAUCUGGAACAUCAUUGUUUACUAUCAGAUUAAACAGGUCACAAGAAGCCUUGAGAAGUCCCCCUCCACCUUCAGCCUGCUGUCAUUACCAUGUGACAGUGAUUCUUCAGGUCGUAGUUCUCCAGCAUCACCCGGAGAUGACAUUUUUGGCACUUUACCCUCAAAAGGCAAAAAGUCAUUAAAAAAUCUCAAGUACCGUGGGACAGCUAUAAAGACUCUCCUGAGCUGGGCUCAAAACUGCACGGCAAAAUAUGGAGUAGAAAUUCGUGAUUUCGGUAAAAGCUGGAGAAGCGGAUUAGCAUUUGUGGCUCUUGUGAAAUUCUUCUGUCCUGAAUUUGUGCACAUGAGGAAAGCCUUGUCCUCUGAGCCCCGACUAAAUAUGGAGACAGCCUUCAGAGCAGCGCAGGAGUGGCUGGGGAUCCCUCCGCUGCUGAAUCCAGAUGAUGUGGCAGUCCAUUCACCAGAUGAGCAGUCCAUCAUCACCUAUAUCGCCCAGUUUCUUGAAUGUUGUCCAGGCCAUGAUGAGGAUGCCAUGUCAACAGAUUCCUCUCGAGAGGCUUUGAGAGACCUUUAUAACCUUUCUGAGACCAGUGAAGAAGAACAAACCUACCAUACUGGAGAUCAAGAGUCACUUUCAGUCUGUCAAGAAAACAUUAGGGAUUUAGCAGCCCGUUCUGAAUCUUUACUCAAUGUGAAGAAAACUUCCACUGGGGGGCAGUGUUGUGAUUCUAUAGCAUGGAGGAAAAGAUGGAUAGGAAGCCUGGAGGAUGAUGGGAACUGUUCUGAGGUUUCAAAGGAGGCUGUUUAUUCUCUGUCAGUGCUGGAUUCAGAUGAGGAGGACGCAUUUAGCUACAUCUUAGAGCUGGACCAUAAAGAUUCUGGGCUGGAGUCAAAUAUUGACUUUGGAUUAAAUACAGUUAUGGAUUCACAAGCAGUGGAGUUUGAUUUAAAUGUUGCCAGCAUUUUUGAAACUCAAGAAAGUGAAAUAAAGUAUUGUUGUUGUGAAGCACAGAGGAAUCUGAAGGCCACUGAUGUAUCAGUGAGGUCAGGUGGUGGUAAAUGUACAAACAAAAUCACUCUGGAUCAAGUCAGACCUACUAAGAGUAAUAUUUUGACUGAAAAUAACUGUGACGAAAAGACUUUGCCUGCUUCUGACACUUUGCUGAUGAAUCAAAAUAGUAUUGAGAAGAUAGAAAAUAACUUCAAGUUAUACACUGAUGAACGCCCAGACUUGAAUUGUUCGUUAAAAAUGAAGGAGAGUGAUUCUGCAGAUGCAUUUACUCACAGCAAUGGUACUGAUGAUGCAUUUGUCCAUCUGGAUAAUUGUGUAGAUGAAGACAAACUCAGAGAGGAACUUUUCCUUUGUCCAGUGAAGGAAAAUCUGUUGGAUAAUGACCAGUAUGAGCAAAACAAUGUUUUGGAUCGAAGCGUUUUGGAUGGAAUAACAGAAGAACCUGCGGUUUCACAUGCAAAGAGGAAGGAGGGUCUUGACCAAGCUAGUUAUGAGGUGCAAGAGCUACACAUGCUUCUGUUUCUCUGGAUGAUUGCCUACUGUGUCCUUAUGUAUCCUCAUCUGGAUAUCUUCAGUCUACUAAGCCCAAACUGAAAAUACAGAUCAAUACAGACACAAGCAGAGUAGUACAAAGUGCAGUUAUGUGUGCCCACACAUGUACUUUGUUCAUGUAUUUUUUUAGUGUUUGUAAGCCAGGACCAGUUUUAAAACAGUGCACUCUGGAUUUACAGUUGAAUUGCUGGUAUUUAAUGUAAAGAAUGUGGACUUUCAGUAUCAUUUUGUAAGAUAAUUCCAAAGCUCUCAAUAAAUUUUGUUUAUUCUUUGAAAAAAAGGCCAUGUUACCAGUUUUAUUUCACCCUAUGUUUUUUUUUUUACAAAUAAUGACAGUCAAACUUACUUUUAGUAAAAAAAAAAAAA